AUGGUAAAAUGCAACGUGACCGGAUUAAAUUGUUCCAAGCAGGAGUUAGGCUCUUGCCUACAGGACGGAGUUCCUGAUGAGCUGAUGCUAGAGGGACACUAUGACAGAAACGGGACACUCAACCAUCUACCCGAACUGCCAGCGUUGAACGUCCUAACGCUAAGCGGUGGUAACAUCAGGGAUAUCAGGAAUGGGACGUUUGAAACGCUGGCUUCCCUCCGGCAGUUGUCGAUGAACGGAAACUCUUUACGAGUCGUCGGAACCUGGUUUGAAGGUCUUGAAGCCAUGGUGAGACUGUACAUGUUUCAAAACAAGAUAGAAAGCAUCAAAAGGGGAGCGUUUCUCCCCCUCAAAAAGCUCAAGUUUCUUGACAUGAGUUAUAACAGGAUCCGCUCUAUUCAGGCGUGGUUCUUUGAAGGAUUAUCAGGCCUUUUGGAUUUAAAGUUGAACAAGAACAAAAUAUCACACAUCGCAGCCGACGUUGUUUUCUAUCUGGGGCUUGUAGGUGACAUCAAUCUCAGCGACAACAUGCUACAGACCAUCAACCCGCAGUGGUUUCAGAACUUACCUCCCAGAGCGAACGUUUACCUGGACAAUAACCUUCUACCCACUGUAACGCAGGAAACCAUCGUCGCUCUUCGGGGGAAGUUCCUUCGUGUGUUGAACAACCCGUUUCGCUGUACGUGUGCGCUGACCAGCUUUAAGACAGAGGGGAAGGUUGACAACCUGUACUGCAGCUACCCUCCACAUCUCGCAGGGAAGAAGAUCUCAGAGGUGUCCCUAGAAGACAUGCCAUGUCCUCCCCCUGUAGCCCAAGUUUCACGUGCUGACAACGGGACCACUCUCCUGUGUGAAGUGUACUGGGAACAGCGACCGGACAUCAGCUGGGUCGGUCCAGCAGGCAGUAACAUCACCAACACGUCUGGCAAUGGCAUAACCACACACUUGGAACACGCUGUCACUCCAACAGGCCAUUCGAUAUCUUUCUGGACAAACGGUUCAAGCCAACAUACAGAGGCAUCAACAUUCAACUACAUGGGCAAGUCGACCUACAAGCUAACCAUGAGCCAGAAGGCCCUGCAGGCAUGGGCAGAGGAUGCCUGUCGCUGUGUCAUAACGUACCAGGUGGACAGUUUCUCAGCAAUGACGUUAGACCUGGUCAUAUCGUUGUCCACUUCAACACCGAACGAUCCCCAUUCCAAUAAUGCUCCCAAGAAUGAAACAACUACGGAGAAGAUGCCGGUGGAAUACUUCUUACUGCCGCCGAACCAGGAUUCCUGCACGCUGGACUUGGUCUACACGGGGGUGACCUCCGUGAGCGUGAGUUUCCUGGUCGGCCUGCUGGUGGGCUGGUGGCUCAUCCGUCCCAAAAGCUCGACGUCCGAGCAGCCCAGCAACCCGUCCUCCCGACGGAGUUCCCAGGAGUCUCUCCACCACUAUGAAGUCAUUUCUGACUCGGACGCCGUUGCAUCACUGCCUCCUAGCGACAAAAACCUGAAGAAACGUAAACGGUGGUCGAAACACACCGAAAUUUUCGACAACCCUCAGUAUGGGCCAGGGAAUGUGAAACAACAUCGUUCAAAACGUACCGAAAUUUUCGACAACCCUCAGUACGGACCAGGGAAUGUGAAACAACGUUGGUCGAAGCACACCGAAGUUUAUUACAGCCCUCAGUACGGACAGGCGGAGAGAAGGCGCCGGUGGUCAACGCCAGUACUGGUGGCGUACAACGGCGGGAUAGGUGCAGUUCCUCCGUUAGCCGAGGGAGGGGGGCGCACGCAACAACUGCCGCAAAUGAAGAAGGACUAACCAAUGGCAUGA